ACAGCGUUCCUACGCAAUAACACAAUAUGGCGCCUCGCAGAAAACGACAACGACUUUCGGAAGAUGGCACAGAAGCUGUGACCGCCACCGCCGACACCGAGCAACCCUCCAUAGCCGCCGACGCCCUACCCAAAGAGCAGCCUCGUAAACAACUCUUCGUCCGCUCCCUCGCAUCAACAGUCACGACCGAUGAUCUCACCGAAUUCUUCUCUGAGAACUUCCCGAUCAAGCAUGCGCUCGUAGUCCUAGACAAGGAGACUAAGCAGUCCAAAGGCUAUGGCUUCAUCACAUUUGCCGAUGCUGAGGAUGCGCAAAGAGCGAAGGAGGAAUUGGACGGCUCCGAAUUGAAAGGGAAAAGAAUAAAGAUAGAAGUAGCAGAGCCUCGUCACCGCAAUGUGGACACAGACGUACCCGGCGCGAUAGCACCCUCUGCGGCCACGAGAGCGAAGCUCGACCGCGAGCAGCAGAUCAAGGACAGCCAGACGCCAAAGCUUAUCAUACGUAAUCUGCCUUGGAGUAUAAAGACGCCGGGAGACCUUGAGAAGCUGUUCUUGAGUUACGGGAAGGUGCAUUUUGCGAAGCUGCCGAAGAAGCCUUCGGGGGAGCUGCGGGGCUUCGGUUUUGUGGCGCUACGAGGGCGGAAGAACGCAGAGAAGGCCAUGGAGGGGCUCAAUGGGAAGAAGAUAGACGGCAGGCCAAUCGCAGUGGAUUGGGCUGUUGACAAGGACACAUGGUCGGAUUUGCAGAAGACUGGUCAGCCGGACGAGAAAGAGGACGAUGACGGGUCCGAGGAAACGACAUCUACUAAGGCUUUCAGCUCAGAGGAUGAGGAUGCCUGCAGUGACGAGGAAGACGAAGAAGGUAGCAAUACCGAUUACGAGGACGUGUCGGACAGCGACGAAGAAGGCGGAGUCGAGGUCGAAGACGAAAAGCCAAGACGACCUGACUUCACAGUCUUCAUUCGAAAUCUGCCCUUUACCGUGGACGAUGACGAUCUAUUCGAGCACUUCAAACAAUUCGGGCCUAUUCGCUUUGCCCGCGUCGUCCUCGACCGUGACACAGAAAGGCCUAAAGGCACGGGCUUCGUCUGCUUCUUCAAGGAAGAAGACAUGAUCAGCUGCCUAAAAGGCGUCCCUCGAACGAAAUUACAAAAGACAACCUCCGACCGCAACGAUGGCACAUCCAUUAUCAUCACGCACUCCGUCCUGGAAAACGAAGACGCCGACCCAUCGGGCAAGUACACCAUGGACGGCCGUGUACUCCACAUAUCUCGCGCUGUCGAUAAGAACGAAGCGACCCGUCUCACGACUGAAAGCGCGGCAUCGCGCUUCGCCCGCGACAAAGAUAAGCGCCGCCUGUACCUCCUUUCCGAAGGCACUCUCGACUCCAAGUCGCCUCUGUACGCCAAGCUCUCGCCUUCAGAAAUCAAGAUGCGGGAAGAAAGCGCCAACCAGCGACGCCGCCAGAUUCAAGAAAACCCCUCCUUGCAUCUCAGCCUCACAAGGCUAUCAGUCCGCAACAUCCCCCGCAGUAUCACCAGCAAGGCGCUCAAAGAGCUCGCGAGGAAGGCAGUCGUCGGAUUUGCGCAGGACGUCAAAGCUGGUAAGCGCCAUAGGCUUUCGAAAGAAGAACUCUCGCGCGGCGGGGAAGCUAUGAUCAUCGCGGAAAAGCAGCGCAAGCGCAGGGGCAAAGGCAUCGUCAAGCAAGCAAAAGUCGUCUUCGAAACUACAGCCGGUAGCAAGACCAACGAGGACUCUGGGGCGGGGAGGAGCCGUGGCUACGGCUUCAUAGAAUACUACACGCACCGCAGCGCUCUCAUGGGCCUCCGCUGGCUCAAUGGCCACGCCGUAGACUACCGCGUGAAAGCAGAGCAGCGCAAGGGCAAGCAGGCUACGAAGGAAGCGCUGCAAGACAGGAAGAAGCGGCUCAUUGUCGAAUUCGCAAUCGAGAACGCGAAUGUGGUGGCACGGCGCUCGGACCGUGAGACAAAAGCUCGGGACCCCCCGAAAGGUAGUACUGACAACCGUGAUGAGCAUGCAGAUGCUCCCGCCGAGGGUAGCACGCGUGACUCGGGCGGCGACAAGACACGGGGCAAGAAGCGGAAGCGGGAUCCACUCGGGGAUGCGGCAGCUUCUGCUUCAGGGAAGCCGGCGCUGCAUAGGCGAAGAAAGGGACAGGCCUCAGGCACGGAAGGGGAUGCGCACCCCGGUAAAAAGCAGACUGGGGACGCCAAGUCGAAGCUGGAGAUGCAGAUUAUUCAGAAGAAGAGGAUCGCAAAACGAGUAGGGAGGAAGGGUGGCAAAGCGUGAUGGGGUGUUUGGUUGUGAACCGGUCUCGUCUGGGAACAUACAUACGCACGGCAUACUUGGCCGAAAUCGAGCAAUAUCUCAAACCACACAUCUCUCAUCUCUUUCUUUCCAAGUCAUGCACUGCACGUAUUGCGCCAUUCUCACGUCUCGUCCGAGCAUUUUCAUCUCCUCGUCGAAAAAGUGAGAAAAUGACGUGAAG